AUGUCAUCAUGCAUCUCUAGCCAGCCCAGCAGCGACCGGGCCGCCCCCCAGGAUGAGCUGGGGGGCGGGGGCGGCAGCAGCAGCAGCGAAGGUCAGAAGCCCUGUGAGGCCCUGCGGGGCCUCUCCUCCCUGAGCAUCCGCCUGGGCAUGGAGUCCUUCAUCGUGGUCACCGAGUGUGAGCCCGCCUGCGCCGGGGACCAUGGCCUGCCCCGGGACCGGCCCCUGCAGGCCCAUGGCGGAGAGAUCACCCUUGACGACUCUGGGUCUCAGGCCCGGCCCCACAUCUCCAGUCGCAAGCUCUCUCUGCAGGAGCGGUCCCUGCUGGAUGCCAAUGGGCGCUGCGUCUGCCCCGCACUGCCCCACUCGCCAGUGGGCUCCCCGCAGUCCUCGCCGCGGCUGCCCCGGCGCCCCACGGUGGAGUCACACCACGUCUCCAUCACUGGGAUGCAGGACUGUGUACAGCUGAAUCAGUACACACUGAAGGAUGAGAUUGGAAAGGGCUCGUAUGGCGUGGUCAAGUUGGCCUACAAUGAAAAUGACAAUACCUACUACGCAAUGAAGGUGCUGUCCAAAAAGAAACUGAUCCGACAGGCGGGCUUUCCACGUCGCCCCCCUCCCCGAGGUACCCGACCAGCCCCCGGGGGCUGCAUCCCGCCCAGGGGCCCAAUUGAGCAGGUAUACCAGGAAAUUGCCAUCCUCAAGAAGCUGGACCACCCCAACGUAGUGAAGCUGGUGGAGGUCUUGGAUGACCCCAAUGAGGACCAUCUGUACAUGGUGUUUGAACUGGUCAACCAAGGGCCUGUGAUGGAAGUGCCCACCCUCAAACCACUCUCUGAAGACCAGGCCCGUUUCUACUUCCAGGAUCUAAUCAAAGGCAUCGAGUACUUACACUACCAGAAGAUCAUCCACCGGGACAUCAAACCUUCCAACCUACUGGUGGGAGAAGAUGGGCACAUCAAGAUCGCGGACUUUGGUGUGAGCAAUGAGUUCAAGGGCAGCGAUGCCCUUCUCUCUAACACUGUGGGCACGCCGGCCUUCAUGGCUCCUGAAUCGCUCUCGGAAACCCGGAAGAUCUUCUCCGGAAAGGCACUGGAUGUUUGGGCUAUGGGUGUGACACUGUACUGCUUUGUGUUUGGCCAGUGCCCGUUCAUGGACGAGCGGAUCAUGUGUUUACACAGUAAGAUCAAGAGUCAGGCCCUGGAAUUUCCAGAUCAGCCUGACAUAGCCGAGGAUUUGAAGGACCUGAUCACACGCAUGUUGGACAAGAACCCUGAGUCGAGGAUCGUGGUGCCAGAGAUCAAGCUGCACCCCUGGGUCACGAGGCAUGGGGCGGAGCCGCUGCCAUCGGAGGACGAGAACUGCACACUGGUCGAGGUGACCGAAGAGGAGGUCGAGAAUUCGGUCAAACACAUUCCCAGCCUGGCAACCGUGAUCCUGGUGAAGACCAUGAUACGAAAACGCUCCUUCGGGAACCCGUUUGAGGGCAGCCGGCGGGAGGAGCGUUCCUUGUCAGCGCCUGGAAACCUGCUCAGGAAGCAAGGCAGCGAAGACAGCCUCCAGGGCCCCGACCCGGCCCCCGUAGGGGAGGAGGAAGUGCUCUCAUGA